CAACGUUAAGGUUAGAGUGAGCAGGAUAUAUAAGGUGAGGCUGGACCUGGUUAAGUAUCACUUUCUCACUCACAACUGAACAGCAGCCACCAUGAUCUCUCUGAGAGCGCUGAUGAUGCUGGUGGUGGUGAUGGCUGUGGUGGGAAUGGUCAUAGCCUAUCCAGAUCCCUCUCCAGGAUAUCGCCGUAGAUACGGAGGUGGAUUUGGUGGAUUUGGUGGCGGUGGACUUGGCGGAUUCGGUGGCGGUGGACUUGGCGGAUUCGGUGGCGGUGGACUUGGUGGUGGACUUGGCGGUGGAUUUGGUGGCGGUGGAUUUGGUGGCGGUGGAUUCGGUGGUGGUGGAUUUGGUGGUGGUAAAUUCGGGUAAGCUAACGCGGGAGUGAGUCCAGUUAUAACCGAAAUAUAUAUGUAUGAAGGAAAAGUAAAUCAUUAAUGAUUUAUGUGAAUUUAAUAAGAUUGGUCAUACACAUACCAUUACAGUUUUAGGAUAUACAGGAAAAGUUAAAUUUAGAGUGAGGUAAAUGGCCUGGGUGCUCAAGGGAGUGUGGCCACAGUGACUAAUGUUUACACGAUUGUAUCUUCAGAGGUCGUGGCUACUAUGGGUAGAGGAGUUGGAGGAAGCACCGAAUGGACACCUCGACGACACCUUCAUGAGAACGACCUCAACGACGAUCGUCGUUCACUGAAGCCACUACUAUCCGUGGACAAUGUUUAAACAUUAACAGGCUUAUUGCAUUCAAUAAAUAACCAAAUGAAAAAGUUUUUCGUUACUCUUUGAAAUUAUGAUUAUCAAGGUUAUACUCACUAGGAUUAUAAUUAUAAUCAUGGGGGAGCUCUAAAUCCAUAGGAUUAUACAGCGCA